GACAUCGGCCUUGAUUUCUAGCAUGUUUAUAAUUUAUAAACACAGAUUAUGUUUAAUAAUUAUUUAUUUGGUAAAUUUUGUGUUUACGUUUUUCAAAUAGAAAAUUACUUUAGAAAGCGAAAUUGAAAGAAAAUGGAGAAAGGAAUGCCAUGUGAAGAAAAUAUUUUGAAAUCUUAUUUUAAACUUGCAUUUUUUAUAUAUUUAUAUCUGCCCAAUAAAUGUAAAUGCAAAGGCCGCUUAGAGCAUCAUUAUGGUUUAAAUUUGUACAAAGCUUAUAUCAACUCGCUCUGUCUGUCUGUUCAGGCGUCUGUUUCCUCUCAACGGUUAGAGCUUGGACAAUACCUGCGCUACUUCCUUUGUUAAGUGACCAUGAAGGGACGAGCUUGCGCACUUUUAUGACCCUUCACGUAAGAAAAGGAUUUUACCCAGAGUUAAGAAAUGAGACCUUGGCUCUAAACUGAAUCCUCUGUCCUGAGGUCCCCAAUGAACUAGAUGAUCAUUCAAUCAAAUCCUUUUUUUUGUGAAACUUGUGAGGCACGGCUUCUUAAGCCCCGUAUCGGGGCCCCCAUUUGUCAACUCCAGAGGCUGAACAAUUGAGAGAAUCCUCCGUAUUGUUAUAGGGAAACCGCCACUAACCGUGAAAAAGCAGUCACCGCUGUGUACGGCCCCAUUGAGGUUGGUACGGUUUAGCCAAGCGUCGUUUUUAUACAUCCUUUUAUAGUGGAAUGCUUGUUGGUUUAAACGUGCUUUGGAAGCCAACAGGAUGAAAUGUUUCCUUUUCGUUAGCUUAUCUUCCCUUAAAAAAGGUUCCACGAGGGAAAGUACCUCGUGUGUUAACUCCUGAAUGUAAUACCACUUGAUGUCCACUAUAAGUCGGUUAUUCAAUUCAACUACCAGCAAAUAGUCGGACUGUCCAAAGUAAUGGCAAUUCUUGCACUCUGACAGAAAUAAAGAUCUUUAUGGUCUAGUAACUCUAGUUCAAACCUCUUGCGGGAUUGAAAGGAAUUUCUGCGUGUAAGGUUCCUACCCAGGACAUUUGAACGAUAGUCCGUACCUCUAAUGUUUUGCUAUAGCACACCUGUAACAAUGCAUUUAGUACCUAGUCACAUAGGUGUGACUGGAACGCCAUUGCUGACUCCUUGGCCCACCUUUAUGGUGACCUGUAUGCUCUACGCAGAACAGCGGGAUUUAUGUCCAGGGCUUUUGCAAGAGAGGAUUUGAGCCUCUCAAGCCCUCAUUCAAAUGGAGUUUUAUAAUGAUUAUGACUUUUUAAUUCUUACCAGAUAAUAAUUCGAAAGGUCAUAUUAACUAUGGAGGCGCGGUGGCUGAGAGUUAAAGCGCGUGGCUACUGAACCGGGGGUAACGGGUUCGAAUCUUGGGGAAGAUUUUUAUUUCGGGAUCCUUGGGCACCUCUGAGUCCACCCAGCUCUAAUAGAUACCCAACAUUAGUAGGGGAAAGUAAAGGCGGUUGGUCUUUAUGCUGGCCACAUGACACCCUCGUUAACCGUAGGCCGCAGAAUCAGAUGACAUUUACAUCAUCUGCCCUAUAGACCACAAGGUCUGAAAAGGGAACUUAAAUUAACAUAUUAACUAUAGCUAACGUAAAAAUAUAUAUUCGUAAGUAUGUUGGUAUCAAGAAGAAAAAAAUUAAAGGCCACAAUUAUGAAAUUUAAAAAAAAGUUAAUGAUAAUUUCAACUGUAUACCCCGAAUAAGAAAGAAGUAGUGUAAUGUUAACUUUAACAAAGAAAAAUGAAUUAAAAAAAUCGAUACAAAUUGUAAAACAAAAGACGCUUUCAUUGAAUUGCAUCAUUUUCCAAGAAAAUGUAAUCUAAUUAACGGGAAACGUAUUAAGUAUUUUUAGAAGAAUGUAAAAAAAAAAAACAACAACUGCGCCAAUGUAUGACUUAUCAGUGCCAAUAAAACUAGAAAAAAAUGUGAGAGUGAAUUGUUGCUUCUGUUGUUUUGUUUCUGACAAUCAAGUAACAGUCGUCAGGGAAACACAUAGCUGGUGAGAGAAAUAGAAAAUACAAUCACUAGCAAGGUGGAAAUGUAAUGUGUUUAUCGCGCUCAGGGUUGGGCUAUGAAAAACAAAAAGUAUUUCCAAGUUCGCUCUCUCCACUGAAGGUAAGCAUAAAGGCUAACAGUAGACUUAAAGGGAAGAUAGUUGCAGAAGCUGUUUAUUAAGAGAUGUGUCUUCAAGAACCUUAGAAUGGAAAAACCUCUUAUCAACAGUCUGGUUUUACUCUUACAAGUUGCAUUUUGUCAACACAUCCAGUUAUCGAACUACUAUGGGAACCAAAACUGUACCAUUAUUAAUGAGCUGGACAGAAUCCUGUUGCAUGGCAAGCUCUGCUUUCUGAAUGUUCCUGCUGACUGUGGUGAUAACAGAAUCAAUUAUUGCCAAUGUUUCAAAACUAGUGACCAAGCAGUUUACAAGGUUGUAAUCAAUAUUACAGCCUAUAAAGCGAACAGUGAGGCAGAUGUACGAGCAGAGCUGCUUUAUAGAGAAACAUCUUUUUAUAGUGAAAUAAGGAAACUGCCAAAAGUUUAUGACUGUUCACUAGGCCUGUGGUUACUGCGUUGGCUUGAGAAGGCUUUCAAGCCCACAAGUUCGGAUUCAGAUACUGAGACAGAGUCAGUUCAGCUGUAUGCCAAUGACCAGGCCAUCGACAAGUUCAAUUCUAAUGUUUCCACAAACGACACCAGAAUGACCAUAUUUUCAAAAUGUGCAGACAGCUUGGCGAAUCAAUGUACAUUACAACUUAUCAAUCUAGUCAAUAACUCUACUGUCAAGGCCGGGCUCAAUGUGCUGGCUCACAGCAUUGAAGUAAAGGUCGAUGUCAAUCUAGAACUCAGAUAUUUCAUUUGUAACCAGGAGAAAAGUAUUUCCUUUUCCAUAUUUAUAAAUACAGCCAUUACUACAAGAGACUAUGCUGAAAACUGCCAUAAAGAGUGCACUAAAGAGUUGAUAGUCAGCCUAGCCUGGAUUACAUCCCUCUUUGUUCUUUUGCUAUCGAUAGUCAUUGCACAGAGAUCUCUCGCCUGGAUUCGUAUCAAGAUAUCAAAAUUUCGGUUUUUAAACAGAAAAACUAAAACUAAAACUUGGACUAGGAAUACACAGAGAUUAUUGGGCAGCGAAAAUCAGCUUAUUGAGUAUAGACAAUCUAAUGUUACUAGAGCUGCAGAUGAAAAUCAAAGUUUUAUGUUUGGGAAACAGACAAAUAGACUAAAGACCACUACAUAUGCACAGAAAAUGGACAAUGUUGGCAGCAGGAACAAACAAAACGACCAAGAUCAAAAAGUAUUUCGUAUAUUGAUUUGCAAGGCUGUUUUAUCGGUUUGUUAUGAGGACACAAAUUUGCGGUCUCUCUUUGAAACAAUGUUGUUAUUAUCCUGUGAAAUAAGAAUAGUUGGCAACACGUACGGAGAGUCUAAUGUCAGAGGUGUUGUUGACAUUGUAAAUAGAUAUUGUCAGAGCUUCGGAAUCAACACAGUUCAAAGAAAUGAACACUCAUAUUGCACAUGUAAUAAAUGCGCCUAUUCUAGUAAACCAAGUGAUUCUUUUGCUGAGAUCUUCAUAAAAACAGCCCCCGUCUUUCUCAAUGGAAAAGCCAACCAGGGAGCCGCUUCCUGUGUUUUUUAUCACGGAGCCAAGACCACAACGAUAUCUGCACUUACCAUCUCCGAAAAGAACAUUGAGACGGCGUUAUUAAAAUGUGUCACCUGUGAUCAAAAUCUAAUCAAUAAAUUUGAAUGUUCUGUUUAUAAACUGAACGAACUGGAGUCAAAAGUUCAAGAAACAUUUAGAGCCUUUGAAAACGAAGGACAAAUUCAAUUUUCGGUUAAAUUUCUAUCGGCUCCCAACACUUUGAGACAGCUUCAGGCUGAUAAGAGAUUUGAAGAUUUGAUGGAAAUGUUGCCCCUCAGAAAUGUUUCACAUGGUUGGUAGUUGGCUUCAGAGUUUCUUGCAGACCUUUGUGAUGUUGCUUGUUCAGGCUGUCUUGAGGUCAACUAUAGAUGACUGUUGAUUUCAACCAAUUACUCUGCAAGCGUCUGAGUUUUAUUGUUCGGGUGUAUUCAGUGUAGUUGAUCAACAAUACAGAAUGAACAAGACAUCGGUUUAAACAAGUAAAGAGAUGUAGUCAACACUGACGAACAAUUUAUCCUAUGUUUAUUCUAAGAAAAAGCCACAGUAAAAGUCUCUGUCAACUAAACACGUCGUUACCCUAGAGGAUUCUAUCGCUAACUGAUUUUCCGGUCUCUAACCCCAAAUAUCCCAAACGUCACUGUUCCCGUUCAAUAUACGUCUUCUAUGGUGCGUCGCUAAAUAACUAAACUAUAAAUAAGGUGUCUAACACCUUAAGCUUGAAGUCAAAUGUAAUGUACUUUGGAGUUUCACACUAACAAUUCGUACGUGACAGGACACGCCGUCUGUAAGUCUGGGUGCGUUGUUGAUCGCGAAUUAAAUAUCUUUAUAAGAAAUAUGGGUCUUGUGUUGCUUGUUAAUCGAUUACUGUGCACUACAUUUACUAGAAACACUGACUACUUAAUGGACCUCAUUCACCAAUCGUAAACAAACAACAUUUAGCCACGCGAUUCUCUAUAUCUUCUAUACAAAAUAUUGAAUCCAUAAAGGCUGUCACGUGACAGUUUUUCCCAUUGUUUUAUCAAUAUUAUCACAUGGCUAAAUGUUGUUUGUUUACGAUUGGUGAAUGAGGUCCAUUAGCCUAUCACAUUAUUUCGGAGCAUGUAUUAGAUUAGUAUAACAUUGUAGACUGUGUAAAAGUUCUUUCUUUUUUAAUUAAGACUCUCAAGGGUCACUUUUACAAGAGAAUAUUAUAAAAUAUUUCAUAGCAGCCUUAAUUGCAAUGGGCGUGAUCGGCUUAUGUUAGUUAGAAUGUUGUUUGGUCUCACAAAAGUCGUCAAAAUAACGAAAUAUCUUAAUUUUUAAAAGGUUAGUAAUAAUGUCAUGUUCACUCAUAUUCAAACAUAAAUUGAGGACUACAAUGACAACCUAUUUUUUUCACCCUACGCUUGUCGGGACGUCACACCUUCCUUGAGAGGACGUCCGCGCCUUCUUUGAGAGGACGUACUCACCUUCCUUGAGAGGACGUCCGCGCCUUCCUUGAGAGACAACCCCUAUUUUAAGAAACACCAUUAAAGAUAAAUGAAAUCAUUACAUUGUUGUAACUUAGCCAGAUAGCCUCAACGAAAGGAUUACAAAAUGUAACGUUGAAUCCUCAAUUAGAAACUAGAUCUAGAGCCAAACCAAUCACAUCUCAGGCGUCCUUCUUUUCAUAUCUCCUCUGUUUCUCCAUCGUGUCCUAUGGUACACAAUAUCGCGCCAAAUGACAGUGCGCAAUGUAGAGUCAUAACAAUAUGCAUGACUUAUACGUCCUAUUAAUGUGUUAAUUUAUGUAGCUCGUGCGGUAUGUUAUGUGAAUGUGUAUGAAUCGGGUGGGUAGGGCAGAGGACUACGUGUGAUACAAUUGGGAAGAGGGGGGCGACUUUGACAUUGAUAGAUUUAUGUUCUGUUUCACGUGCGACUUUAUUGUAUUCCCAUUAGACGAGUAAAGCAUUAUCAGCAAUACAUUGAAAUACAUUUAUAUUAUCGAAGGUAUGGUGUUAGAAAAAAAACAACAAAUAACUAAGUCAACGCAACCUGGCCUCUUUCUCUAAAUGUAUUUACAUAAUGUAUGUGUGUGUUAAUCAAAGUCUCACGUGAUCACGAGAUGAACGUGAUUAUAAAAUACAAGAGGGUGUCUGUCAGCCAGGACGACGUUCAUACUUUAUAAAAUAUACACGUAACAGGCAGGGCCGGCCUUAGUCACAGGCAAACAAAGCAGCCGCCUAGGGCCUCUGAUUGGCCCAGGUCUGAAAACAAUUGUUAAGAGAAGAAAUGGCGACACUUGUGCCCAGAUUUUGUUAUUGAGUCAUUUGAUGUUUUUGCUUUUGAUCUUGUAUUUCUUUUCUAUUUCUUAGGAGGCCACGAAAUUUACUUCGCCUAGGGCUUCCAAUUAUCCAAGUCCGGCCCUGGUAAAAACCCUCCCCUCAAUUGAACAAAACAUAAAGAAAAUAGAACAUUCGUAAAAUAGAGCUGUGACAUUGAUAACAAGCCGAUAUUGACAUUUGACAAGAGUCACUUUACUAGUAAAACCACUAAAUGUACAGACAUCCAUACCCGAGAGGAAUAACUAUAGUAGUAAUAAUACUUAAGACACCAAAACAUAUUGUUAUGACUUUGCCAUGCGCACCGCCAUCCAAGAUAGUGCAGAAAGAAGGUGCGCACUAUCAGUGACCAGACAAGUCGGAUGUUGACAUAAGAGACUAACGAUUUCCGCCCAAGUCUAGAGCCAAUAUGGAGAUGUUGUACACAAGGCAGACGUUACUAAAUGUUUGUGAUGUCCUCGUGUAAAUAAACGUCUAUGUCUCGAUGAGUUGCCUCCCUUCAGUUAUUACAAUAUAAUAGUGAACCAAAAAAUAAAUAACGUACCUUGUUCAGACCUAGCGAUCUAUAGGUCAUGCAAUGAUGUAAAGGUCACGUAAUGAGGUAAAGGUCAAGUAAUGAUGUAGAGAUCAUGUAAUGAUCUAAAGGCCAUGUAAUACGAUGUAAAGCUCUUGUAAUGAUGUAAAGGUCUUGUAAUAAUGUAAAAGUCAUGCAAUAUGAUGUAAAGGUCAUGUAAUGAUGUAGAGGUCAUGUAAUGAUGCAGAGGUCGUGCAGUGAGAGAGGUCAUGUAAUGAUGUAGAUGUCAUAUAAUGAUGUAGAGGUCAUGUAAUGAUGUAAAUGUCAUGUAAUGAUGUUAAGGUAAUCUGUUUCUGUGCCCGACAGUUACAUACUGUUAUAAUCUUGCCAUGCACACCGCCAUCCAAAAUAGUGCCAAAGGUGCGCACGGCCAGAAACUAGAGAGAAAUGCAUGUUGACAUCAUGAGAGAGAGAAAGAUUUCCGCCCAACUCUAGAACCGAGAUGAAGAUGCUGUGCUCAAGGCAGAUGUCCUAUGUGAUGUCUCCAUAUAAAUAAACAUCUAUGUCUCGUU